UCUAAAGCCAAUGAGCAGUCCCCGUGAGUGUCUUUCUUGGCAGCGCAAUAACACACACACUUCCAUUCCAGAAAGUCACAGAGCAAAAGAAAACCGAAACAGAACCCCAGAAAUUUCCAGAUUCACUCAUCAUACGAGUAUUUUAGUAUUUGUUUAUCACCCAACCACCCACUAAUCGCUAUUUUAGGUAGCAUAGAUUUCUUCUUCAAACUUCAAACUCAAGUCUACAGACUAAGAAUGUUGAGCUCUCAAGGUUUGGUUUUGGCUACAGCCAUGGCCGUCUCUGCGGGAACCAUAAUUAUCCUUGAUCUUCUCCGGGACAAGUACUUUCCCCAGAAUCAAGAAUCCUUGGCAGAGAAACACCGGAUUCUCAGGUCUUGUUUAACGUCUUCUUCAGGAGGCGAUAGGAACAAGGAGAGCGAGAAGAAAUCGAAAUCGAAAUCGAAGAAGAAGAAGAGAGUUCAGUUUGCAGAGGACGUGAAGGACACAAUCGGGAAUGGCGAGGAGUACAGGAGACAAUUCGAAUUGGGGAAUAAUCAGCGGCGGCGUUGUCUCGGAAACAAGGGAAUGCCGGAAAAUCGGGUGGCGCUGUACGCCGGAGUGCUCAAAGAUCGGGUGCAGCGGAUGGAAUACUCAUACUGAUCAGAUCAUCUACAAAUUGUGUAUCCGAUCCGCCGGACUAAUUCAAUCAAUCGAUCAUUGAUCAGAAGAAAUCUGAAUCUGCUGCGUUGUUUUGUUCGUGUAGAUUUUGUAUAUGAGGCCAAAAGGAGGAAUUGACUAGAGAAGACGGGGGAGCCUUUAAUUUAAUUUAGUAUUGUACAGUGUGUUCCUGGCGCUCACUGUUCUCUGCUUUUCAAUUCCCUAUGUAAACUGUUUUUGUUUUUAUCUUUUGCUACACAACAUAACUAAAUACUGUUUGGAAACU